CACACACACAUACACACACACGAUAUAUAGGUGGUUUGGCUGAAGAGGUUGAUGAGAAGGUGCUACAUGCAGCAUUCAUACCCUUUGGAGAAAUUGUUGAUGUUCAGAUCCCAUUGGACUAUGAAUCCGAAAAGCACAGAGGAUUUGCAUUUAUUGAAUUUGAGAUUGCCGAAGAUGCAGCAGCAGCUAUAGACAAUAUGGUAUAUUUAUAAAAUACUUAGCGUCAUUGUAAGUUGUUUAAUAGCGAUUCUCUGAUAUCAAGAAAUUUUUAAUUUUAACUUUUUUGUUGCUGUAAAAAUUAAUUAAUUUUACUGAAUUAUUAAUAAUAAAUGUCAUUUAUUUUAUACAUAAUAAAAAGUAUAUAAACAUGGUCUAAUUCAAGCAGAUUGUCUAGUAUUAGGAACAUGUUAACAUAUUGGCGACGGAUGACGCAUAAAUGCGUCAUUUAGGUUCUUGGAUACAGAUGACGCAAAUAUGCGUCGUAAUCGACAUCUUCAUACAUUUGUCUCAAUAUAAAUUUAUAAGGCGUUAUUAGUGGUUCAAUUUCUUGUCAGAAAUGUCAUGUUGGAUGUUCCAUGAAUUGGUUAUUGGUUUAUCUUUCUGUUAAUUGGUUAUUGGUUUAUCUUUCUGAAAAUCAGCAAUGAGUGAUACUGAGACAGGGUCUCUCUUCUCGCUUUUCCCUAAAAUUUUUUUUUGGAAAUAUUCAUUAGAUAAAGAAUUACAGCAAAUUCUGUUCAAUGUUACUCGAAUGAAACGAUAGACACAAAACCGUCCCGUACCCACGUCAAGCACGGCGCGUAACUUAAAAUUUUUAUGACUGUCUGAAGAGAGAUGUAGAUAUGCAAAUGUGCAUUGCUCGAUCAAUUAUAAUUUCCAUCGAUAAUUAGAAUCACAUGGUAAA